GCCCCUUUGCAAGCGGAAGCCCCGCCCUCUUUCCCAUCAUGGCUCCUGCGGCGGACAGGCAGGGUUACUGGGGCACUCCGACCUCAACGUUGGACUGGUGCGAGGAGAAUUAUGUCGUCUCAUUUUAUAUCGCGGAAUUCUGGAACACAGUCAGUAACCUGAUAAUGAUCCUUCCUCCCAUUUAUGGGGCGUUACAAACGUUUAAAAACGGACUUGAGGUCCGCUACAUGUUGUCCUUUUUAGGACUUGCGGCUGUUGGCGUUGGUUCUUGGUGCUUCCACAUGACACUACAGUAUGAAAUGCAGUUGCUAGAUGAGCUGCCGAUGAUCUACAGCUGCUGUGUCUUCGUUUACUGUUUAUAUGAAUGCUUCAAGCAAGAAAAUGCCGUUAACUAUUUGCAAAUUGCACUCCUCCUCUUCUUCAGUAUUAUAGUCAGUGUGGUGUAUUUGCAGUGGAAGGAGCCGGUAUUUCAUCAGGUCAUGUAUGCUGUGCUGGUGGCUUUCUUAGUGUUUCGGUCUGUUUUCAUAGUCACAUGGGUGUAUCCGUGGCUGCGUGCGCUGUGCUACACGUCGUUAUCCAUCUUCCUGUUGGGAUUUGUUUUAUGGAACAUUGAUAAUAUAGUCUGUGACUCUUUAAGAGCCACGCGACAGAGGCUGCCUCCUGUAGUCGGAGCAGUGACGCAGCUCCAUGCAUGGUGGCACAUCCUGACAGGACUCGGCUCCUACCUGCACAUACUCCUCAGCCUCCAGAUUCGGACAACCUACCUCAAGUACAGACCGAAAGUAAAGUUUCUGUGUGGCCUUUGGCCCGUGCUGCAUGUCGAGUCCCAGAAGAUGAGUUGAAGGUGCGUCGAGGGGAUGCACUUGGCGGCGGAUCACAGAGCUCGGACGCUGCGAAGCCCAGCCACUUGCCUCCAGCCCAGUCGGGGAAGUGAGCAGCAGCUGGACGUACCCACAAUCCCCUACUUCGGUUUGCUGAUUGUAGUUUGGAAAGACUUUCCCUGCUGCGGGAAAGGCUCCGGUUGUGUUGAUUAAUCACUGAUUAGAUCAGAGCUUUGGGGAAGGAGACAGCACACAUGCUUUAUUUUUGCACACCACUGACAUAUUUUACCAUCCGCUGCCACACACACUCAUGAGGGACUAACCCUACACUCACACUAGCGAGCAACAAAACAAAACAAAAUGUGCGAAACAAAUGUAUGUGCAGACAUUACGAUAGAAAAAUAAAGCUUGAAAGGAAGUAGCAGAGAUUGGUUGUGCCUCUGGUGAGUGCACUUUGCUAGUGCAGUUGGCUUGCUUUGCUAAUCUGCCAGUGACACUAGUAUAAAGCUUAGCAUGUAACAUGUAAAUCAAACUGCAUAAAAAAAUGAUGUGUAUAAAUCAUAUAGUGGGAUGUAGAUUAUUCAUUUUGGUGUCUAUCAUUUCUCAUUGGAACUAAAGAGACUUGUUGCUCGCUAGUAUGAGCUUAGAAUCAGUGGGUAGUGGAUGGAGAUGUCAGUGUGUGAUUUUAUUUUAUUUUUAAUAUAUCUACAUAGGAAUGAUGCAAAAACUUAUGAUUGGCAAUCAAUAUCAAUCAAUAAUAUCUAAUCAUUAUCCGCCUAAUCACUAAUAUAUCUUUCAGCUGUACUGCAUAAUCAUGCUACAUCACUAUUUUUUAAAAAUAAGAAUCAUGUUUUGUUUCAUGGUCUCCUUUAUGGCUGUCUUUGUGAUUUAGUUUAAGCCGUCUAGCGUUUUUUUUUUUUUAAAGGAUUAUAGGGGCUUGAGAUUGGGGAGAGCUUCACGGUAAUAAUAUGGAAAAAGUCAGACUGAAAUCUGGAAAUCAACUGCAAUUGAUUUUUUGUAAUUUAUUUAUUUAUUUUUUUUUGAGAAACAAAACUGUAUUAGAUGUUUCUUUUGGGUACUGGAUCCUCAUCUUUGAAGGAAUUGACUGAAUGCAUUAAUUUCACAUUGUGCUACUGUGCAGAAAUACUGUAAGCUACUUUGGUAGUGUUUUCUUAACGAAUGUAAGGGCUUUUGUUUUAUUUCGGUUAGGGAUGCAUCGGUACUGAUAUUGGUAGCAGGUAUCAGUCAGAUAUAGAUUUAUUCAUAAAAAAUCAGCUGGCGUGGUCGUUUAAAAUGAGCGCAAGGUGGUGUGAAUUAUGCAGUCAGGAAGGUAUUCAUAUGAGAGCACUUCAUUUCUGUGAGCACUGAGACACGCCUUCUUUCCCCUCAGUCAUCAGCACCUACACUUUGCACAAGUCAAGGUGCAAUUCACGGCUCUUGUUUUUAAUGACCACGUCUGCUGAUGCUACACUGUUACGCCUUUACAAUCUGUAUUAAUGAGAUGCCAUAGCAUCUUAAACUUUAAACUCAGCACAAAGAAUUCAUUUCAAAAAGCACACAGCCGCAACCAACGUAAACAGAGCUGAAUAAAAUGUUCCCUGACUCCCCUGAUGGAGCAGUACUAAGUGGGGUACUCAUUUCAUUUUCAGUAUUGAGUAUUCAAACUCUUUCUCUGUGUGGAAAAAAAUGGUAUCGAUGCAUCCCUAAUUUCAGCCUGUGAUGUUUUUUGCUUCUAAUCUGUGAUGACUGUCAUUAGUUUUUCUGUAAUAAUUAUCGUUAUUUUUAAUUUUUAUGCACUAUUCAUUCCCAUCAUGAAGAAUAAUUAGAGUUUAUUGUCCUUCUAAACUCUAAUUAUAUAAUAUAUAAUCUAUUAUAUAAAUAAGGAAGGAUUUUAUGAAGGAAUGAUUACCAGUGAAGUGACGUGUAAUUGCCGUGGGAAAAGCAGACAAAUUAAGAAAUCUAUCCAUUUCAUCAUUCUUCUAAAUACUAAGGAGCACAUGAUAUCAUUUGGAAAGUAAUUUAGGAAAGGAGUCAUUUGUCAAUUGUCAGUUCUCUACUCUAUGCACAAACAUCAUUUGCUAUUUUUAUAUUUUGGGAAUCCUGACCCACCAUGAGCUGCACAUCUAAAGGGAAUCAUGUUUAAUCUCACUUUCCUGAGUAGCACAGAGCUUCAAAAGCACUAACUGCACGGUGCCUGUUCGUACAGCAGGCUCCCGUCUUACCUCCUGCUGAAAUCACGUUCAGUUACUUGAACUACCAGUGUGAAUCGUUGGAAAUUGUGGAAUAGAUAUAUAUAAUGUCUACGUUUUUGUACUCGUACAGUGAAUAUUGUUACCAUGGUGUGUUACGUGUAUUCAUCUGUGUGUCACUAUGUCACUAUAUGAAGCUGCAGUGUAACAUAGAACAUUUAUUCCAACUGAAUUGCUGCUUUGGUUAGAGUGGACCUGCUGAUAUCAAGGGUGCCUUAGAUUUAGUCCUAGUGGUAUAUUACCACUAGCACUUUAUGUUACCAUAUAUUACCUUACCUUGAUGUCUUGGAUGUCAAAUGUUAGUUUUCGUAUGUGUUAUUCUCAUCCUCCUGGUGGUGAUGUCGUAUAAGGCAAAAUGAACAAACAACGAAUUACUGCCAAUACUGUUUUUGUGCCAUCUUGUGACCACCUUAUUUCCUUCCGUAAAAUCACUGAACGUAUCAUGUUGAAACCACUGCACAAGUUCCUGUCUGGAAGCAUUACAUGUUUCCUGCAACUGCUGAUUGUUGAGUCAUUUCAGAAUUAUGUAAUUAAAGUUGGUGUAGUAAUAUU